UACAUCAAAAGCAUUGCUCAUGAGUCAUGAUUCUCCUAAAGGUCAAAAAAGCUCACCCUUUAUUAUUAAUAGAGGUCACAGCAUAGGUGUGUGUAAACAUGUGUCUUCUGCCAGUACAUAUAUCUUUAAGCAUAGGUCUGUGUUGCAGAUAGAGGUUUUCUUGAUUUCAUUCAAUGCAAAAGUAGCAGCUAUGUCACACCUCUGUGAUUUUCAAAUCCACAUUAAUGGUCUGCAAACAUUCUUUGUGAAUGAGGAGGUUUUAUCAACAUAUGCAGGGAGGUUGAAGAAGAUUAUCAAGCAAGAAAGGAGAAGAUCCCAGAUCAAGUACUCGGGGAUUGAAAUCGAAGACUUCCCUGGAGGCCCUGAUGGGUUUGAGUUGAUCUCAAGGUUCUGUUACAGCAAUGGAAGAAUCACAACAACAGUUUCAAAUGUGUCCCUCCUCCAUUGCUGUGCAGUCUUUCUUGGUAUGACUGAGAAAUUCUCAACCAACAAUCUCUUGAAACAAACAGAAACCUUUCUUGAGGGACUCUUUGACUGGUCAUGGAAAGAAAUACUAGUCUGCCUGAAAAGCUGUGAGUCAUUCUUGAACUAUGCAGAUUCUUCUGGUCUUGUAGACAAGCUCAUUUGUGCAGUUUUAGCAAAGAUUGCUCAGAAUUCAGACAUAGGCAGCCUCAUUGCUACUUCGUCUUCGUCGUCUUCAUCUCCAGAAACUACAUCUGGGUUCAGAGUGUCUUCCUCAUUUAAGAACACCCCUGAGUCACUCAAGCCAAGUUCAUCAAGUAGAGCUUGGUGGUUUGAUGAUGUGUCCAUUUUACCCCCAAAGAUCAUUGAGAAACUCAUCCAAAGUUUAGGGGCGUAUGGUUCUGAAAACAACAACUUGAUCCUCACAAGGUUUCUCCUCCAUUACCUGAAAAUUUCAGCUCAAAGAAAGAAAGGCAAUACUAGUCACAGAUCAUCUGAGUUUAGUGGUCUUGCAGACACAGCUAUUCAUGGGGUUAUUUUGGUGGGUAAAAAAGUCUUUUCCUGCAGAGCCUUGUUUUGGGUUUUGAGGAUUGUGUCUGGUUUUGGAAUCAGUAGAGAGUACAGACUUGGUUUGGAGAGAUUGAUUGGUGGGAUGCUUGAUGAAGCAACAUUGGAUGACUUGUUAGUAUCUGGGCAUGAUAGGGGUGUUUAUGAUGUCAAUCUUGUUAUAAGGUUGAUAAGAGUAUUUGCUAAAAGUGAGGGGGUUUCUGUGCAAAAGUUGAGGAAAGCUGGUAGGUUGAUCGACAAGUACCUAGGUGAGAUAUCACCUGAUCAGAAUCUCAAGAUUUCUAAAUUUCUUGGAGUUGCAGAGAGUUUACCAGAUACUGCUAGGGAGUGCUUUGAUGGGGCCUACAGAGCCAUUGAUAUCUAUCUUGAGUCUCACCCGACUCUUUCAUUUGAGGAGAGGUCAAGAUUAUGCAGGUGCCUAAAUUAUGAAAAGCUGAGCCUCGAAGCGUGUAAAGAGCUUGCAAAGAAUCCGAAAAUCCCACCAAGAGUUGCAAUUCAAGCACUCAUUUCUCAGCAAUCCAAAGUAACAACAACAGAAGACUUUGUACAUGCCAGUCCAAGGAGUACUGCAACUGCAAGUGAUCAUUUUCAUUCCCAUUCACAUUCCAAUUCCCAUUCCCAAAUUGUUCUGUACAACAAGGGUGGUGUCGGUGUUGAUAAAGAUAGUUUUCCGGAAGAAAGCAGCUUAGAUACGAAGCUAAAUUUGCAGAGGAUGCAAUGGAGGGUGGUGGAGUUGGAGAAACUGUGCAGGGAAAUGAAGGGUCAGAUGUCAAGGAUGGUUAAGAAUAAUGUCUUCAGUAGUAGUACCCCAACUCAUGGUAGAGCUCUUCCUAGACUUUGUUGAAAAAAAGAAUACUGAUAUCUAAAAGAUUGUUAUUACCGUUUUUCUUUUUUUCCAGUGUUAUAUGAUUUUGUUUG